UUUCAGUUUCGUUUCUCCUGAACUACAGCUGGCUGGCGAAUCUCUCAUACACAGAGCGAAGCAGGAGUCAAAUUGACAGCAUGUCUGAAGCCAACAUUACCUUCCACACCACCAAGCAAAUAUGCUCCAAUGGCGGGUGUUUGCAGUACAAACAACUUAAAAACAUUUUCAGACGCCUCAACAUUCCAGACACGUUUUUCUGCGAGAUCUUGAAGAACGGCAGCAGGUUUGUUAUAGUUCACGGUAGCGAGGAUAAGCUCCCCGGGUGUGGGGUCAGCCCCGACAGCACAGUGAUUGCUAAAACCUCCGUGCGGCUGUGCAAGGACUACCCCAAAGACUGUGGUGACUGUGAAGGGCUUCAUCUCUGUAGGGAUUUUGUUCAGGGGAUCUGCAAGCAAAGCAGAUGCAGAUAUUCACAUGACCUUCGUUCAGGUCACAACAAUCAGGUGCUGAAAGCCAAUCAGCUUCAGGGUCUGGAGGAGGCGGAGCUAUUCCUGUUACUGACUCAGAAUGACCCUUCCCUUCUGCCCAAGUUCCCGGUGUGUGCCCAUUACAAUAAGGGCCGUGGAGAGCAUGGGAGCUGCACCUUCAAAACAAGCUGCAAGAAACUCCACAUGUGCCAGCACUUCCUGCAGGGGGACUGCAGAUUCAUGAGCAGCUGCAAGAGGUCCCACAAGAUCACUGCACAUGCUGAGGGGAUCCUGCUGGGCCGGGGGCUGAGUGAUGACUUUAUCUACCACCUACCGUCAAUAUACAUCAACAGCAACAACAUUAACUACAGAGCCAGCUGCAGAGAAGAGGCUGCACAGGUAGUCGCAACAGAAUCUUCUGCCAGUGCCAACAGUGACGUGGACACCAAGGAAAUCUGUCUCUUUCACCUCAGAAAAAACUGCGGGUUUAAAGACAAGUGUCUCCGAGUUCACUUCCAUCUGCCCUACAAGUGGGAGAUGUUGAAUGGGUCAGCCUGGACCGACCUCCCAGACAUGGAGGAGAUUGAAAAGGCUUUCUGUAACCCAGCAAACACAAUCAGCGGUGGAUCUCCGGCGGUUGAUUUCCUGACCAUGCGGCGCGGAUCGGCAAGUGUGCGCCGGCUCUCCACUGUCUCCUCCGUCACCAAACCACCUCACUUUAUCCUGACCACGGACUGGGCCUGGUACUGGAGGAAUGAACACGGCAAAUGGGUUGAAUACGGCAAUCAAAUGAGCACACUCCAGGUCUCGUGCAUCUCCUCCGAGGCCCUGGAGAAGGCAUUCCUGGCUGAUGGCAGCGGUGUGCUUGCCUUCAGUGUAGAGCAACACCACUACAUCGUGAACUUCAAAGACAUGCGCCAGGAGAACUGCCAGUAUCAAACCCAGAGAGAGGUGCGGAGGAGACCCAGGUUUGUUUCUGCCCAAGACAUGGAGAACAAAAUAAAGAGGGAGUCCUUGGAGGCUAAAGCGAUGCCGAGACACUGGGACCAGUCUGCUCUGCCUUCGAUUGGAUUCCAGAGGGUUCCACUUUCCCCUGAUAAGGAAGAAUUCAGGCAGGUGCAAGGCAGCUUCCAGCGGACCCUGCCCAGCGUCACCAUUGAGAAAAUCGAAAGGAUUCAAAACCCGUCUCUGUGGGAGGUGUUCCAGUGGCAGAAGGAGCAGAUGAAGAUGAGAAGCGGUGGGAGCAGCGUGGACGAGCGCUUCCUGUUCCACGGCACAGACAAGGCCAUUGUGGACACCAUCUGUGAGGAGAACUUUGACUGGAGAAUCUGCGGGGUGCACGGUACUCUGUAUGGGAAUGGGAGCUACUUCGCACGGGAUGCCAAGUAUUCCCAUCACUACACCGGCUCCUCCUCUUCCAGAGCCAUGUUUGUGACCCGGGUUCUGGUGGGUGACUUUGUACAAGGAGACCCUGAAUACUUGCGCCCUCCCUCCAGAGACGGCACCACCUCCAACUUCUACGAUAGCUGUGUCGACAACCCCCACGACCCCUCCAUCUUCGUGGUGUUUGAGAAGGACCAGGUGUACCCCGAGUAUCUCAUACAGUACAGGCCAAAAAGCAAUCAGGGUGCACAGAACCAGCCAGCCUUCUCUGCAACAACCCCACCGCCUGCAUUCAGCACCCCUGCAUCUAACCCACAGCCACCCCUGCCCCCACCCGCCUCCUCAUCGAAGGAGUCGCAGUGCACCAUCCUGUAGGCAACGCACCACUUAUCACAAAGUUCAACAACGUCCUCCCGUGUAUUAGCUAAAAAACGGCAAAUUAAAUUAGUGGUAGGGGUUCUGUUUAGUAGAGCUGCCAGAACCGAUUAUUCGAGUCAAGCUCUCCACAGUGAGAUGUUGGUGUUGACUGGGUCAGUUUAUCGUUCCAAGUAAAACAAGUGAAGAAACAGCUGCUUGGGUUUGUGUGGAUCGCUGUUCUCCACUGAGUCGAGGAAAAGCAGCAGUCAUCACAAACCCUCGCCAUAUUGUCAGCACCUGAUUUCUAUGGAGAGUUCAGACCAAGUAAUCGAAUAAUCGGUUUAUUGAGCUUUUAAAGUAGCUUUUAAAUGCCUUUUUUCAACUUUCACUUAACUUUAUAAGGAGUAGUUUUGAGUUCUGUUUCUCCACUGUAGCAGAAUCAUUCUCUAUGCCUGUAGAAUCCAAGUUGGAGGUUCCUUUUGAAUCCUCCGAUUCCAAAGAAAUCACAGACCAGGCUUGUUACAUUCUGGUAGUGAAUAAGUGUCAACAUUGGAGCAAUGUAACUCAACAGCUGCCCCAAAGGUACAGGAAUGGUGACAUUUGAACACAAUUGUGACAUUUCAGCACACACAAUAUUGCUUUUGAGAGUCAGAGUAGUUUAUCCUGGCAAGUUAGAAUACUGGUCAGAGCAGCUACUGGUCGAAACCAGGGUAUUGCCACAACUAUUGCACUGCCACCUAAUUAUUCUACAAUUUUCAACAGGGGCAGGUUAAUUUCUCCUACUCGCGAUGCCCUUCCUACUCCUGCUUAUGACUGAUUUAAUUGAAAUGACAAUUGAUUUUCAGCUUCAUUACCAAGCCAAUUAGUCACAUUUCAAUAGUCUGGACUUCCAUUUAACUGGAAAACAACAAGGAAGCGCACAGGGCAGCAGUGUGGAGUAGUGGUUAGGGCUCUGGACUCUUGACCGUAGGGUCGUGGGUUCAAUCCCCGGUGGGGACACUGCUGCUGUACCCUUGAGCAAGGUACUUUACCUAGAUUGCUCCAGUAAAAACCCAACUGUAUAAAUGGGUAAUUGUAUGUAAAAAAUAAUGUGAUAUCUUGUAAGUCGCCCUGGAUAAGGGCGUCUGCUAAGAAAGAAAUUAUUAUUAUUAUUAUUAUUAUUAUUAGGUAGUCGCAACAAUUGGAAAAAAGAAAAGAACAAUACAUUCUUAGACACCCAAGUUGAGCUUUUACUCAAUUAUAUUUUAGCACAUAAAACUCUUAUUUUCGGCAAAAGCUCCGGAGCCACUGCUAAAUUUAAAAUGCGGAAGGAUAUAACCACAAAAAUAAAUGCAACAACUUCCAUAAAAAGGCCAAAUAAAGAUUCUGGGGCCUAAAGUUGUGAUGCACCCCCUAGUCUCUGUAAGUCGCUUUGGAUAAAAGCAUCUGCUAAAUGACUACAUAUAAUAAUAAUUAUAAUACAGCGUGCCUAUAGGAAAAAAAAUAACAAUCACUAAUUGUUUUCAAUAUCACAGUAUAUUCUAUGAUGCAGUAUUAAUAAUCAUAUUCUUUACAUGCACUAUCUGAAUGUUUAUGUAUGUUUGUGAAAAAUCUGAAGAAAAAUGUUAAAUAUUAAUAUGCAUUUGUUACAUGUUUUUGAAUGUAACUUUUGUUUAUUAUGUAUUUAAUAUAUUCUAAAAUUAGCCAGCCUCCACUUGUUCGAAUUUUCUGAACCAGGCACUGUUCUCCAAGAUAAAUGAGUCGUGGCAUGAGCCAGGAUACUUGGCAACUGCAUCUGUGAUAAUACAUUGAGCAUCACAUAACACUUGCACAGUUAAAGAGUGAUGAUGUUUUCAUUCCUUGCAUGUGGGGCUAUUGCAACAUUAUUAUUAUUAUUAUUAUUAUUUAUUUCUUAGCAGACACCCUUAUCCAGGGCGACUUACAAUAUACCACAUUAUUCUUACAUACAAUUACAUUAUUAUUAUUUUUUACAUACAAUGACCCAUUUAUACAGUUGGGUUUUUACUGGAGCAAUCUAGGUAAAGUACCUUGCUCAAGGGUACAGCAGCAGUGUCCCCCACUGGGGAUUGAACCCACAACCCUCCGGUCAAGAGUCCAGAGCCCUGACCACUACUCCGCAACAUGUGUGCAAUCUAUUAAAACCAAGCACUUUUGGGAAAAGUGCAUCUGUGACCAGUCAGUAUCUUUGUCAGUAUCUAUCCCCAGCUGUUGCUGGAUGGUACCAGUUGCAUGAAAAUGAAUGUAUCCUUUCCAGGGGCAGGUAUAGCGUGACUGCGGGCUGUUUGUGAUUCUAAAUCAAACUUAAGCAGAGCACACAACUGUUACAGUGGCUAUAUCAAAGCUGUACCUACACAUAACUUGUUUUCUAAUUAGAUCUAGAAAUGUCUGACGGGGACGAAAUAUUCUGGGUUUAGUGUAGGGUCGUUUUUUCCUCAUCCCUUCCCUCUGCAGUCGAAGAAUUGGAAGCGCUUUGAUAUUCUCCUUUGUAGAUUACUGCUCAGUAGCCAUGUCAGACGUCAGCGGUCACUAAUUACUGUAAUGCCAGUCACACACACACACACGCACACACACAAGGCAACAGGAGGCUGUGUGGUCCAGUGGUUAAAGAAAAGGGCUUGUAACCAGGAGGUCCCUGGUUCAAAUCCCACCUCAGCCACUGACUCACUGUGUGACCCUGAGCAAGUCACUUAACCUCCUUGUGCUCCGUCUUUCGGGUGAGACGUAAUUGUAAGUGACUCUGCAGCUGAUGCAUAGUUCACACACCCUAGUCUCUGUAAGUUGCCUUGGAUAAAGGCGUCUGCUAAAUAAACAAUAAUAAUAAUAAUAACAUGUCUGUUGUUAACCAGAGCUGUCAGCAGGGUGUAGUACCCCACUACCACCAGCAGAUGGCAGGACAGUGCUGUUCUCCCCAGCUCACUUCUCUACAUGUAUUCUCUAUUCACUCUUCUCAGCUGUAUAAUGUGUCAAUGACUAUAAUGACAGUUUCAUGAGGGAUUUGUCUUCCCCUUAACUUGUUUUAUAGUGAUUACAGCAUUUAGUUUAUAUUGAGUAUGUUACCUGUAGAAACCCCAACUACUGCAAGUAGAACUAUGCUCUUACUAGCUGUCCCAAAAAGGUCUUAAUUAGACUUCAGCCCAGACCAAAAACUGGUUUGAUUUUGCAGCUGAGCGCAGAAGAGGCUACAUUAUACUAGUACUAAACACUUUAGCAAAUAGUGCAGAAUGGCAUUUUUACAUAGUAACCAUGACCCUAUGUGCACUCUAUUAUGAGUUAUAAGGCAGCUUUGCAUUUGACCUUAAGGAGAGGUCAAAGGUCACAGGCAGUUACAUUUUUUGAUAGAGCAUACAUGGGUUACUAUAUGUGUUCCAUAGUAACCAUGGCCCUAUCUGCACUCUAGAAGGAGUUAUUAGCCAGUUUUGUAAGUUGAUGAUGUCAUCCAACGUGGCCGCCAUGUUUUUUAUUGUAGCAACUUCCCUUUAACACCCUUUAAAGACAACCACACUACGAUCAUAUGUGCCAUUGGGUUUGUUUCAAUUGGACUAACAGUUUGGGAGAAGAUCUUUGUAGUUUGUGAUUAUGACGUCUGUACCGUGUGAUUUUGACGUCAUGCAGCAUGGCCGCCAUACCACACAAUCAGCUUCUUACGAACACCAGUUAAUCUUAGACUAUCCCUCAACAAGUUUACCAACUUUCAGCACUCUGCGAUAAGCGGUUUUCGAAAAACAAAUUUUUACAUUUAGGUAAAAUGUUUUUUUUUCAAUCAAAUAUGGCUGCCAAACCAUGUGACUUGCAUGACAUAUGUUCAUUAGCACUUUCUAUCUUCCAAUAAGCAUCUACCAACCUACCGAAUCUGGUGAGUUUUCGAGCAAGUUUUGGUGGAAAGAAAAAAACAAUAAUAAUAAUAAUAAUAAUAAUAAUAAUAAUAAUAAUAAUAAUAAUAAUAAUAAACACAGCAACAACAAUAGGCUUCCCAGCCUAUGGCCUGGAAGCCUAAUAACAUAAGUAUAAACAAAUAUAUAUUCAGACAAUGCUGGUUCGUUUAGUUCCUGAAUAAGUCACCUUGAUCCACUUGAUCAAGGUCCUUUCAGACUCCUGCCAAAGUGGUUCUGGUUUUAUAGUUGAAUCUAAUCACUUAGAUUCCUCACUGUGGUUUGUAAUGAAGUCAAUAUGACGUUGUACGUUUACUGUUGCAUGUGGUCUGCAAAUGCGGUUUCUGAAACAAUUAAGCUAAGGGCAUUUUCUUAAUGUCAUAUACCAGGAAAUUGUGCUAUAUUGUGAAAUUCUUAAGUACUGCCAUACGAUGUUAGUCACUAACUGUGCUAGUAAACCGUGCUUUCCUCAAACCAAAUCUGUUAUUGUUUAACGUUUUAAUGCCUUAAUCUGGAAAUCUGAUUUAAGCUCUACAGCUCUGGCCAAAGGCUUUGCAUAUCCUAGAAUUUUAGGAUUGAGACAUCAUUCAGAAAAAAAACUCAAAAAAUGCUAAUUCAAAACUAUUCAUACCCUGACAAGGGAAAUUAAAUUAAUAGCUAGUUGAGGCACCUUUAGCAAUAAUAACCUCUUUUAAAUUAUUAGGAUAUUUGUUAAUGAGCUUUUGGCAUGAUUGUUUAGUGAUUUUUGACAAUUCUUCAACGCAAAAUUGUUCCAGUUCAUUCAAAUUCCGAGGACUUCUCUUGUGCACAGCCGCCUUCAACUCAUACCAAAGAUUCGCAAUCGGAUUUAAAUCGGGACUUUGACUAGGUCAUUCCAGAACCUUGAUUUUACUCUUCUUUAACCAUUCUGAAGUAGAUUCUGAUGUGUGCUUUGGAUCUUGUUGUGUUGGAACGUCCAGUUGCGCUUUAAACCAAGUUUUGCAGUGGAGGGUUUCAGAUAAUUGUCCAAUAUCUUUUGGUAUGCAAUGGAAUCCAUUUUACCAUGUAUUGGAACUAAAUUCCCUGUGCCAUUAGAGGAAAAACAGCCCUGAGGUGCUCCUUUCUUUGUACACCUCUCCAAACGUAAUGACUAUCGGUGUGACCAAAUAGCUCGAUUUUUGUUUCAUCACUGCACAAACCUUUGCACAGAACUCAUAUCCAUCAUUCAAAUGCCAUUUUGCAAACUUUAAGUGAUUGUCCUUGUGACGUUUUUCUAAGAGUGUCUUUUUCCUUGGCCUGCGACCAUUAAGACCUUCACCAUGCAAUACUCAACCUAUGGUUGAAAUGGAAACCCCAGUCCCACUUGCAGCCAGUUCACUUUGAAUAUCUUUGGCAGUCAAUCUCAGAUUGUUAUUAACCUUCCACAAUUCUUCUGCUUAUUCUUGGUGAAAGAAUCUUCUUUUUUCCAGACUGAGGGAUCGUUGUGACAGCACCCUGAAUCUUGUACUUCUUGAUAAUAGAAGCAACAGUUGAAAUUGGGAUACUCAAAUGCUAGGAAAUCUUCUUGUAUCCCUCUCCAGCUUUAUGACAAUAAACCAUUUUCUGCCUAAGGUCUUCAGAUAGCUCUUUAUUUUUCCCCAUACUGACUUAUUGGUAAUGGCUGAAAUCAUCCUAUGCCUGGCCCUUUUAUACUCAUCUACAAUCCAGCAUUUUCUAGAAUUUUCUAGAACUAGGUUCUGCAUUAUCAUAUUGAAAUUUAUAGCACCUUGUUGACAAUACUAUCAUAGCAUCAAAGGGUAUGAAUACUUUUGAAAUUGCAUUUUUGCAAAAAAAUUGCUGAAAUAAAUAACUGUAGACAUCUA